AUGGAUAUUUAUCGACCUUUUCGACUUUCAAUUAUAGGAAGAAAACAGAGUGAUGAUGGCUUACAUUUAUGUUUUAUUGUUCAAGGAUCUAGAAUUGAUUAUCAGUGGCGAGCCAAUAUCGUGUUUGAAAAUUUCGUAAUUUGCUAUCAAAAACUUAAUUCUGAUCUUGUUUAUCUUCCAGAGCUGCCAGUGACCGAAAUCUAUUCCUAUGAGCUAAGUCAUUUAGAAAGCAUUCAAAGACUUCUGAAUAAAUUGUUUGAAGAGAUAGGAAACAGACCAGACAUCAUGUCUCAUCCUUUGAUAGAAGAAUUCUUCUCAGUUCCUCAAGAAGCAAGGGUAGUUUCAUCAACCCCAAGUCUAACACACAAUUUUCAAGCUUCAGAUAAAUUUUCUGUCUCAGGGAUCGCUUGCAUCCCUAAAGAAAAAUUAAUUUUGGCUUCAUUAGAAGAUGCAUCAUAUCUUCCACAAUUAGGAAAAUUAUGAAGCUUAAUUGAACCUCAGGAACUUGGAGAAAUCAUGUUUAUCGGAAGAGACUCAGAUUUAUAUAUAAUUAAUGGUCAGCAAUCAAAAGAAAACGUGACAUGCUGCUUUUGGCAUGAACAAAGCUCAGAAGCAGUUUUUGGGUUUGAGUCUGGAAGUAUUGCACUUUGUAGUACCAAUCGUAUAUUAACCCCAAAUUCUCAAGGCACUUUUGACAAUGAAAAAUUAAAUUUUGGUGAAAUUAAGCUGUCUAAACUGCAUGGAGCAAAAGUUGUGUGUAUAAGGGCAAUUGAUAAUUUAAUCAUAUCAAUCAGCGUUGAUAAUUUUUUGAAAGUUUCUCAGUGUAACUGUUAAACAGCCAUCAAUGGGCAUCUUGAACCUGUAGGAGGUGGGAGUUUACGACAGAGACUUGGAGAUGCGAGACUUAUUUCGUUAGCAGUUGAUCAAAAAUCUAAGAAAAUCUUUUUGGGAACCAGCAUUAAUCGAAUUUUGAUUUAUGUAUUGCCAAGCCCGUCUCCAAAAUAUCUUGAAUCUAUUACUACCAAGAACGAUGGACCAAUAUCUUGUAUUGAUGUGAGAUGGGGGUAAUUUUAAAUCAGAAAUAUUUUUGUAGGGGAUGGAAAUGAGCUAAUUAUUUAUCCAAAUUGCCCAAAUACCAAACAAUCUGCUAUCUUUCAGCUGCCAGAAGAGAAUGGGAAAGUUGUGAAAUCAAGAUAUCUGGUAGAUCAAGAAAAAAUCAUUGUUGGAUUUUCUGUAAGAAAUAAAUAGAAUGGAAAUAUUAUAAUAUGGCACAGCAUUUCUGGGAGAAUUUUAAGUGCAUUUAAAGCUUGCGAUUCCGAAAUAACCGAUCUUGACAUUGAUGAAGAAGAAAACAUAUUGGUUGUAUCUUCAAAACUUGGUGAAAUUAGAGUUUUUAAUUUAUAA